GGCACGGAGUUGACGUCAACGGAGUCGGUCUAAGGGGCCCCCAAGCAGGGUCUGGAAAAGGGGGAUGGGAUGUGGGUGUGAAGGGAUGCAGCCCCCCAAAAAGAAAUCGAGGUGAAACAGAAAUACCUGCUAAUGAUGCCCCAAUGCAAAACCUGAGAAGAGAGAGGGGUGGAAAAGGACAAGCGUAUAUUUGUCUAAAAUAGGGGGAAAGGGAAACAUGAAAAAUCGAGGCAGAAACAUGUACGUUGAGGUCUAACCACGAAUGAUAAAGGUAGAAGAAAGGACUUUUCUGCCUGCAACACCCAACCACUAAGCUAAUUUCCUUAAUAAACGAAGAGCUAUCGGAAACCAGCAAGGGAAAGACAAAAGCAAAAAAGGGAGGGGGCGCGCAAAAAGAGACGGCAAGUCACAGGACAAUACAAAUGGCUGGAAGGACCGUGGCCUGACUCUCGGCAUAGCGAGACGCCGACCUGAGAUACCGGGUGAAGGCGGCUUAUGGCAGUGCGCUGAACUGCAUGCUGUCACCCACCAUUGCAUGAAUCCGCCGCAUAGAAUAGCAAGGAACCGCGAGGGGGGUAAGCGGGUAGAUUACCAAGCCUGCCUCUGAUAGAAGAAAUUUCUAUGUCACCGGGAAAAAUAACGGGGGUAUCGCUGCCGUAAAGGACCUAGAUCGUAAUAGAUUCAAUGAAAUAAAACACGUUGCUGAAGUUUGUAGAAACGAAAUGAAGAGAGCUUCAGUUGGAUCUUCAGCAGGCGACCGCAUCUGGCCCAGGGGCUCCUUUGUCCUGCACUGUGGACUUUCAACUCUGGAGAACCCGUUGCAUUAUCGUACGUGUUUUAUUUGUGAAGAGGGAAUGGCUCGUCUAAAGAUCCAGUGUUUGGUCCAAGUCCGAAGCAAGAGCCGGAGCGAGCGCACCAGGGCAUCUCAGUGGAAAGAAGGAGUCAUUGAAGUAGCGGAAAGAAAUCAGAUAGUUAAUCUGGUGGUUUUCUUCAAGUUGGAAGAAAGGAGAAGGGUUUUCCCGCUGGGUGAUAAUAUUGUCGAUGUGGCGGUUACAGGUUCUGAGCUGGAAUUGUAUCAGCUGCAUUUAACAUUGAGAGACGAGAGCUCUUUACUUCUUAGCAGGUUAUCCUCCAAAGAUGUUGAGCAUUUGAAGUCCUUCCUGGGUUCUUUUAAUCCAUGUGAGUCCCACCAACCCUUGGAGCCCGAGAGCAAUCGGGAUAUUCUUGAAAGCCUCGACCCACUUUGCAGAGAGCACCAGGGGCCAUCCUGUGGACCCCCGAAGACUACACCAGGAAGUAAGGUACCGCUCUCUCAGAACAUGCCACUUCCUGAGCCGAACUCCACGGGUGGUCACGUUGCGGGGAGAAGCCAAGGAAAAGGUGAAAAGAGGAAGGCAGAAUCCUCACCUAGCGCAGAGGAGAACAAGGACAUUCUCAAAGGAAGCGAUCUUGAGCCAAAAAAGAAACGCAAGAGAGCUGGUGGCUCCAGGCGUGGAGGCAAAGGGGCGCAAUCGACGGAAAAGCCCGCUUCCUGGGGCAAGCCUGAGCCUGAUGACACUGCCCAAGCUUCUCCUACCCCUUGCCUAAAGCUACUAAAACGUCAAGGCUUCCCCAAUUUGGGAAACACCUGUUACAUGAAUUCCAUUUUGCAGUCUGUCUUCGGGAUUCCGAUCUUCGUAAAGGACUUGCUCACACAAGGUAUCCCGUGGGACUUUGUUCCCCACAGCGACCUUCUCAAGCCCUUAGGCCUGCUCCUUGUCUUGAAAGACAUUCAGGACGUAGACGCCAAGGGAAACGUCCUCAUGGAUGUGAUGCGGUCCAUCUCCAUGGUUACAGACACGUUCUUGAGCAACGAGCAGAAUGAUGCCCAUGAGUUUUUAAGUCUGUGUUUGGAGCAGUUGAAACUGAGCAUGGAAAGACUCAAUGUCAUGUGGGAUACCAUGAGGGAAAAGGAAGGCGAGAAAUCAUCUCUCCCGACCGCCAGCACCAAAAGGUUUGUGUGCCCGGUGGGUGCUAAUUUUGAGAUGGAGCUGCAAAAAUCCAUCGUUUGUGAUGGUUGCGGCGAGGCUAUUUUCAAAACGGAAGUGAGCAGCUACCUCUCUAUUGACCUGCGCCAAGGGACAAGCGCACCCCCUUUAUCAAUUCAAGAGUGUUUCGAUGUCUUCUUUACGCCGGAGGAAAUUGAGCGUAAUUGCGAGAAAUGCAAGAACAAGAAUUCCGUUCUCCGGUACUCACUGAGAAGACUCCCCAAGGUUCUCAUUGUCCACCUGAAACGCUACCAAGUUACCCCGGAGAUGGUGCUGACGAAGAACAAGCAGCCAGUGGAGAUUUCUCAGUAUUUAUACGUAUCUUCCUCCCUUGGCCGUGAAAACAGGAAGCCACCAUUUCCCUUGGCCAAUACAGGCCCCAAUAGGGUCCAUACUGUCCCAAAUGUCUCUCAAGGGGUGCUGCCUGAGAUACUCAGCCAGCCAAUGCUGUCUAUGCAGGUGACUUCAGAAUCCAGUGAUCCCACGGUUAGAGGCGACGCAGAUCCUGGAGUACAAAUCAGAAUGGACGAAGACACAGGUGAGGGGUGGCUGCAGAGAGACCUGGAAAGCGGUUCUAGGCUGGAGCCAGCACCAGUGAAGACGGCAAACAGGAUGCUCAGCGAGCUGCCCUGGCCAGCUCCAGACGCGAUGGCUACAAUCUCUGAGUCUAUCCGAUUCCAAGACCCAGGUCUUCAAGAGGUAGCCAAGGAUCCAAAACUUAAGCACUGUGAGAGAAUUAACGUACGUGGAAAGUCAGAUGGUCGCUUUCAGGAAAAGACUAGCCAGCUCCACCAGGACCGCGGGGAUGGAGUCAAGAAGGAAUUGUUUCUGCAGGCGUCACUUCCAAGUGUUAGUACUCAGGAAGACACAGGGAAGGACCCGAGUAGCCAUUCAGAAUUUAGAGUUCUUCAGGAAAAUGACCCACGUCCCCUUGGAGCUUCAGGCUCUGCUACUAACACAGUAAAUGCCAUUGGGGGGUCGAAAAGUUCGGAGGUGGGAGAAGAUCCUCACAAAUACAGGCUGGUCAGUGUCGUCAGCCAUUUUGGGGACUCCCCAAAUUCAGGCCAUUACAUAAGCGAUGUGUAUGACUUUCAAAGACAAGUAUGGCACCUGUAUAGUGACCUCAAAGUGUUUGAGAUCCCAGAUUCCCUGACUCAGGAGUACAGGGAUGAAGCCGGGUACAUUUUUUUUUACAUGCGUGAUGAGAUUUUUGAGGAACUGUUGAAAAAGGCAUCGGAGUGCAAGCUCACUAGCACUUCUAAAGAGGAAAAGAAGGAAAUAGAUCUUUCCCUAACAGUGCUUUACAGCUAUAUAAAUUCUGCGCACAACGAAGAACUACAACAGAAGAAGAAAGCACAGCAAGACAAACAAACAAAACGAAAACCAAAAGCCAAGAAGAAAAACCCAGAAACAACGCUUUAAGACAGAAACCUAAAGACUUCCCUACGUAGCUAAACGGUACUUUCCCUAGUUUGUUGUUUGGAUUUCGUCAUGUGUGUUAAUAAAACUCAUCAUUUUGAGACUGUCA